CAACCGAAAGGAAGGUCUGCAGGCGGCGGGAAUAGUAGUCUUGGACAGGAGGACUGCCCAAAGGAUCACUCCGCCGAGAAGGCAAAGAAGUCCUCGCGGCUGCGGGGCAGGCUCCACGAUUGCGCAGGCGCGCGGGGGGCCGGCGGAUGGAUAUACGGAGGCUGGGCAGUUGGCCGCGAGAGGCGACGCGCUGACGGAGGCGCUCGUGAGAGGGCGGGGCACGCUGCCGGCCGUUUGAACCUGGCGGCGGGACAUGGCAGUAGCGGCGGACUGGAGAUGGAUGUCAUUUCCGAAACCAAGGAUGGCCUUGAAGAACCUGUUACUAAUGGUAUUGAAAAUAAAUCCUUAGGAGACAAGAGAUAUUUAAUCCACCCGAAACAAGAAGCAGUAGUAGACCCAACCUUCAGGACACCAGAUAAAAUUAAGACCCCAAUGAACUUUUCCACUAUAACAGUGGAGCAGCUUGGAAUUACACCUGACAGUUUCGUGAAGAAUUCACCAGGAAAAUCUUUGCUCAAAAAAUCAAGACGCCGUUCCACAAUUGGAGUCCGAGGUUCUCCUGAAACAAAUCUUCUCAUUAGAUAUAUUGCUCAGCAAAGGAAUUUAAAAAGUGGAAAUGACUCUCCUUUGGUAGAAGCUUCUCCUUCAAUACAGCAGGCCAGCCCUUUUCGAUAUAGAAAUGGUGAUUCGUUAAGAGAGCGAAUUUCUGCCUUCCAAUCUGCUUUUCACCAAGUGAAGGAAAACGAAGGAAAACCUGGACAUUUAGGGCCAGAAGGAGAAUUUCAGGCAGCAGACUGCACUAAAAACAAAAGCCCCAAACAUUGUGAACAGCCCAAGCCGUGUGGAGAGUUAUCAUCAAAGCGAAGACGAAUAUCUUAUCAGAGAGAUUUAAAGGAAAAUAUAGCUGAUGGUGAAAAAAAAUUGACUGACGUCCAGAUAUGCCAUAUUGCUACUUUUCCUGACGCAAACCGAAUUUAUACCUGUGAAACUUCUAGAACAGAUCAUUCUAAGGAAUCAUCUUUUGAUCCGUCCAUUGUUGCACAGUCUGGAUGCUCAGUUUUAGAGGAGACUUCACUGAAAAAUCUCUCAGGGGCUGCAAAGGGGAAGGACACAGCUGGAUGUGCAGAGGAAGAACUAGCAAGUAAUGCUGCAUCAAGACAUCGUGGAAGGAGAAGCAAAUUUGAGAAAGAACUGAACACAGAAACAUUCAAUGAGACCAUGCCUCCAAUUGCACCUGUGUACCAGGGGGACCUUUCAUCUUGUGAAUCCUCCUUCCUUCGAUCUGUGCUGAAGAAGACUCCCGUGAAGCUGCUUCUGGAAAGCUUACAGGAACAUUGUGACACCACUGGUUAUGAUGGAAAACAAUCAUUCUCAUUCUCAGAUCUUUCAAAAGGUUGUGAAGAAUUGAAAAACGAAAAAAGCAGUUUAAAAUUCCCAAAACCAUGGCACAGAAAGAGAGUUACUUUUGGAGAAGAGCUAAGCCCAGAAGUAUUUGACGAAUCAUUGCCAGCAAACACCCCGCUGCGAAAAGGGGGUACACCUGCUCGAAAUCAAGAUGUUAGAAGUAUUCAUCCUCCCCUUUUCCCAAGACUGUCGGAGGCAAUAUCUCAACCAAGCUUUGAAGAACCAGAACAGGAGCUUGUUAAAAUGGAACCACUCGAAGUGUCUUUUGCAGUUCUAGGACAUGCCACUAAUUCUUCAUCCUCUGAAACUGUUGAAGCUUUUGAUGCUGUUAAUUCUUCAAGUAAAUGUGAAAAAAUUUCCCCUGUCAAAGUUUCUAGAAUAACAAGAUCUGCUAGUAAAAGAAAGCAAUCGGUUAAUGUUACUACAGAGGCUGAUUUUAGCAACCUAGUUAACAUAGAUGUUAAGAAUGAUAGGGAAAAGAGACCCAGUAAGAAGAAAGCACAAGGAACAAAGACCACAAACCGAACAGCCUCGAAAAGGAUACAAGUGUUAAAAAAUUGCAGGAGGAGGAAAGGAAAGGGAAAGAGUUUACAGAAGUCUUUCUAUGGUCUAAGAGAGGUAGCUUCUAAGAAACCUCUUCUGAGUCCUAUUCCUGAGAUCCCUGAGACCCCUUCUACAGCAGCGCUCAACACAGAGAGACCUCCAGUUCUGUGGAACUCAGAUUGUCUUGACAUGCUAAAAGAAGAUUCCAGCAGUUCCAAAGUAAGAGGUGAAGAUUCCGUGAACUCUGGCCCAAAUAGACCGGUUGGAAAAUUCAGAAAUAAAUAUUUGUCCCAGAACCCAGAAAUCUCGGAUCCAUCGUAUGAAGAAAAUGUCUCUGAACGCUCCAGUUCUGAUAUAGAAAGUGACUCAUCUCAUGGUCCUGUGUCUUUUGACCGGGAUUCAAAUAUAAGUAUGAUAACAGUUUAUGGAAGUGGUUGUAUUCAGCAUCCCGACAAGCUGGAGCAUCAAGACCACACAAAGAAAAGGACUAAGAACCAAAACGUCUGCCUUCUUUCUCCAACGUUAACUCUUGCAGCAGAAGAAGAAAUACCUCCAAUUAUCCCCAAUUCCAGUUUUUUUCUGUUGCAGCCCUUGCAGUCUGCUGCCAUUAUUCCAAAUGUGCAAAGUGCGUGUGAACCUGAAAGCUUCGACAACACACAGCAAGUAGAAGAAGUCGGUAUGUCGUGUGGAAAGCAGAGAGAUGUUUUAAUGGUUUCUGAAGAAAGACCGAAGAGCACUCAUUUAGCAAAUGCUCCAAAGGCAGAAUUGAAUCAUCCAGAAGAUGCUGACAUGAGCGAGGAUGUGGAACAACAAACCGUAAGUCGUGGCCAAGAGCUGAAACAGAGAAAAUCAAAAGCAAGCAGUGGCAUCUUAACUUACAAAAAUCUUAUGAAGAGACGGAGAAGAAGCUCUAUUUAUUGUCCAGCUGAUCAGAUUAUGCAUUUUGAAGACCCUGGGAAUCAGCCGCCUACCUCCUAUCCAAUGGAAGAAUUACCUGUUGACAAUUCUGAACUUUUCAACAAUUUAACCGAAUCCAUCAAACAGGCCUUUAGGAGAUUAAACACUAGUGGGUCAAAAGUAAGACGCAGCACAAGGUUUCGAAGAAAUUCUGACAGUCAGGGUCUCAUUUGGGUUUCACUUCCAGGCCCUUCAACUUCCUAUAUUUCUCAGAAAGCCAAAAGGACAACAAUGUGUUCAUCUAAUAGCAGAGAAUUUGAAAAUCUGUCCUUCGUCCAAGGGCCCUGUCUUUUGUCCUCUAUCUCAAGCAGGGAGAACUUGGAGAAUGAUCCUGUAUCUGGUGCUUCUUAUGGAACCAGGAGGAAGAGCUUUUGUGCAUCUGCUCUUUCAGAGACCAGAAGUACUUCCCGACCCAGAUAUUACAGGAGAACAAGCCUUUCUCAUAGGAAUGAGGACAACCACCCAAAGGACUUUGACAAAAUUGAAGUCUUGGAGAAUCCAAACAAUAUCUGACAUUUCCAGCAUUCGUUUUAUGAGGGGGAAGAUAACAAUAGGCAGUUUUCCCAAAAACAGAAGAUCUGAAGAAUUAAAGCAACUUAGAAGCAAUUUCAUCCAACAAACUCUGUUUGUGUUGUAAAAUUUUUAAACGUUAAGAUUUCUGUAUUUGAUCAUGCUUGUUUGCUUUUACUGUUCAUGGGUGGUAAAAACAAAGAUCAUGAUGUACUUAUGUUGUGUUUUUUUCUGACUGCCUUGCCUAAACAUCUUUACUCCUAGUACAUUUUCUCAAAAUCUUCCUGUAUCUUAAAUAUGUUAAGAUAGAAUCUUUGAAUUGCUUUUUAUAUUGAUGUAAAUUCAUAUUUGUACCAGAAGAUGGCAGCCUGACACGAGGCUUUUUGUGUAUAUUUAAUUAUAAAUCCAGGGCAACACCUGA